AUGUUAUUACAAGAUAGUUUCAACGAAACUUCACAGGAUAUUCUGAAUUCGUCGCUUAGUUUGUUUAAGAAGAGUUUACUUCUUAAACAGGUGUAUGAGAAUUACUUGUACUAUAGAUCAAGGUCGCCUAUCUCCAAGGAGAAUAAACUAUUGUUAGAAAAUAUUUUCCAGAAAAAGCCGUGGUUGAAUACGAAAGAAAGGGAAUUUGUUGCAAAAUCCUGUGGAAUGUCAGCAUUGCAAGUCAGAGUGUGGUUCAUAAAUAAACGCAUGCGUACUAAAAUAAAAUAA